AGCAAAUGACGCACACAUACCAGUUGGAGUUCUCUAUAAAAUGAGCUGAACACUUACAGACAUCACUGAGAGCAGCUUCAACUUCUUAAAUUGACAUGACGAUGCAAGCGUACCCAUCAAAUGGCGGGAUCCUGAUGCAGGACAAAUGCAUCUACAAUGCCCAGCCGGUGAUCCUGCCCAUGCCUGAUCAAACACUGAAUGAUGAUAUCCUUUUUUCCACAUUCAAUCUUCACUUCUGUAACCAUUGCUGCCUUGGGUUUGGGGCAUUGUACAACUCAGUAAAGGCCAGGGACAGCAGAAUGCUUGGAAACUACGCAAAGGCACGAUCUUACGGCACUACAGCUCGCCGUAUGAACAUUGCUGCCGUCGUUAUUGGUUUCAUCUUUUUUAUUGGCUUCAUCUUCAUCCUUUUCAAGAUGUCGAGUGGUCUCACGUCAGCUUUUCAUCACCUGACUACUACUCCAGGGAAUUAAUGUCUGAAUGUUUGUAUUUGCCUGCAACGGUUUUUAUUAAAACAUUUAUAUCUGAAA